AUGCCGGCAGCGCCCGUUUUUUGCGACGCUCACACCCAUCUUGACCAGCACGCUCCGGCCGACAUUCCAGAGAUUCUGGAGCGGGCCCGAGACGCCGGCGUGGGUUUCAUCAUCCUGGCCGGCACCAACAUUGAGUCUACCAAACGCUGCAUCGACCUGUCGGCUGAGCACCCCAUGUUCUAUGCUGGCGUGGGCAUACACCCCAUGCAGGCUGACCAACCGGUGAACGACGCCGUUUACGCCGAACUGGAAACGAUGGCACGCAACAACCCGCAGGUGGUGUGCAUUUCGGAGGUGGGCCUGGAUUAUCUGUCCACUUCACCCGACCACGAGGUGCAGGAUCAGGUGUUCCGGCAGCACAUUCACCUGGCUAAAAGCCUGGGCCUGCCCGUAAUCUUUCACUCGCGCGAAUCGCACCCGGCGGUGUUCAAGGUCUUGCGGGAGGAAAACGCGGGUCUGGUCGGCGGCGCCAUGCACUAUUUCCAGGGCGACGAAGCCACGGCGCGCGAGGCCAUCGACUGCGGCUUUUUCAUCUCGCUGGCCCGGCCGCUGACCCGCCUGCCCGAGUUGCAGGAAGUAGCGCGCAACAUUUCCCUGGAACACAUCGUGUUGGAAACUGACGCCUUCCCGCAACCGUUCAAGAAGUACCGCCACAAUUGGACCGAACCUCGCCACCUGGCCGGAGUCGCCCAAUGCCUCGCCGAUAUCAAGGGCAUCUCGGUAGACGAGGUAGCCGAGGUCACGACGGCCAACCUGAGCCGGUUGCUCAAGCUUGAACCGCCAUCCUGCCCCGGGGCUUUAGCCGUUAGUUAA